AUGGACUGCGAAAAGACCUCUGUCAAGCACAUUGGCAACAUCGCCCCUGAAACCGACAAUAUCCCCCUCAGCCAGGAAGAGCAGAGCAAGCUAAGCCGCAAGAUUGACCUCCGUUUGACAUGCGUCCUGGGCUGUUUGUAUCUGCUCAGCCAGAUCGACAAAAAUAACCUAGGAAAUGCAAACAUCGCGGAUAUGUCGACUGAUCUGAGUCGAGUUGUGUUAUGUGGAUUCACCGGAUCCCCGUACGCGCUGGGCUUAAAUAUUGAACCUCUCUUCCCUGCGGCAGUGGGUAAACGGCAAGAGGCAAAAGGACAAACCAACUAA